AGGUCUGGGUUUCCGUGAGGCGGUGCGGUUGUGUAGAUUGGUAUCCCUGGAUUUCGGCUGUAAGGUUCGCGGAGAGAAGCGGCGUUUACGAAGCGUUGUCCAUCAUGUUCUCUUUCAACAUGUUUGACCACCCGAUUCCCCGGGUCUUCCAGAACCGCUUCUCCACGCAGUACCGCUGUUUCUCCGUGUCUAUGUUAGCAGGGCCUAAUGACAGGUCAGAUGUGGAGAAAGGAGGGAAGAUAAUUAUGCCACCUUCAGCCCUCGAUCAACUGAGCCGGCUUAACAUUACCUAUCCUAUGCUAUUUAAACUUACCAAUAAGAAUUCAGAUCGCAUGACACACUGUGGUGUAUUGGAGUUUGUUGCUGAUGAAGGCAUCUGCUAUCUCCCCCACUGGAUGAUGCAGAAUUUGCUGUUGGAAGAAGGGGGCCUGGUUCAGGUGGAGAGUGUCAACCUUCAAGUGGCUACCUACUCCAAAUUCCAGCCGCAGAGCCCAGACUUCCUGGAUAUCACCAAUCCUAAAGCAGUAUUAGAAAAUGCAUUGAGAAACUUUGCCUGUCUGACCACUGGAGAUGUGAUCGCUAUCAACUACAACGAGAAGAUCUAUGAACUGCGGGUGAUGGAGACCAAACCUGACAAGGCUGUGUCUAUUAUUGAGUGUGACAUGAAUGUGGACUUUGAUGCUCCCCUGGGUUAUAAAGAACCAGAAAGACCAGUGCAGCAUGAAGAAUCAAUAGAGGGAGAAGCUGACCACAGUGGCUAUGCUGGCGAGAUGGGCUUCCGUGCCUUCUCUGGUUCUGGGAAUAGACUGGAUGGAAAGAAGAAAGGAGUUGAGCCCAGUCCCUCCCCAAUCAAGCCUGGAGACAUUAAAAGAGGAAUUCCUAAUUACGAAUUUAAACUUGGUAAGAUCACUUUCAUCAGAAAUUCACGUCCUUUGGUUAAAAAGGUUGAAGAGGGCCUUGCACAUGCUGAGCUGCACCCCCACUCCUUUCUAACCCAGAACUGGAGCUUGCUGUCCACGAUGAAGCUGGAGGCAGAUUUGUCGCUUUCUCUGGAGAAGGACAGUCACUGCGUAAAAAGGGAAGGAAGCCUUAAGUCCAAGGAAAAUAAAAGAAUUAAUCGCAACAUACUGGCUUAUAGUUACUGGCUCUGACAUGUUUUAGACUCUGAAAAGUUCAGAGAAUGCUGUUAUUUAAGGUUUGUUUAGAAUUACCUAAGAAUUAUGAAGUUUGUCCUGGAUGUGGAACAGCAGAAUUUCAAGGUUGUGAGCUGAAUUUGGGAGAGAAAGAGCUAUCUCUGAGGUCUGGAGGGUGCCACUUCUUCAUGUUUUCAGCUCAGAGCUCUUCCUCGGCCUUAGGAGAGCAUUCCCGUUUCCGAGGAACUCAGUGAGGGGAUUGGACAGCUGUAACUUGUUCUUUAACAGUUUUCCUUUACCCAGCUUGGUUACAUAGACAAUAUAGUUAGCCAUUUUGUAGUUGUUUCACCACUCUGGCUGCAAGUUUAGUAUUUGAGAAAUACUGUUUUUAUUUUUAUUUUACAUAAUGACUUGUCUUCAAAAGUGCCAUUGCUUAGAAGGGAUCUGAUCCAGAUGAGUUCACACUUUUUUUUUAUUUUAUAUGGAAAUAACUCCUGGCUAUUGAGUGAGGCUGUUCUGUAAUAAAGCAACUCUAUGAUGAGGCCAAAUGUGAUUGGUAGAAUGAAUAAAUGCUAAAGAUACAUUCUUUUUUACCCUUCCACAACCCCCCCCCCUUUGCAGUUUUAUUUAUUAUCCAAGCUUCUGCUGGCCUGUCCUUUAUUUCUUAUUUGUUUUUAAAGUGUUGGGAUUGAACCUAGAGCCUCAUGAAUAUUAAGCAUGCCACUCUGCCACACCCCCAGGUUUUUUUGUUGUUUAAUGUUUUAAUUUGGCCUCAGAUCUGCACUUUGUAUGAUAUGAGAUUUUUGACAUGCUAAUCCAAUUUAAAGUUUGUUCCUUGAGAAUUCUAAUUCAAGAAUUUAAAAUAAAAAGUUGAUGAAAAUUUGA